GCCGCCCGGGGGGGGGCGCGUCACGGAGGCGGCCCAAGAUGGCGGCGGCCAUGCUGGGCCCCGGGCGCGUCAGUGCGCAGGCAGCGGCCCGGCCCCGCCGCGCCCCCCGCCGCCGGUUCUGAAGCCCGGGCCGCCCGCCCCGAUACACACGUUGGCGGCGGCUUUGCGGGGGUGUGGGGCGGCGGCGCGGGGCGGCCGGCCCCGGAGCCCUCAGCGCCAUGGACGGGCCUGGCGCGGCGGCGGGAGGGGGCGGCGGCGGAGGCCCCGGCGGUAGCAACGUGCCCGCGUUCCUCACCAAACUAUGGACGCUGGUGGAGGAUCCCGACACCGACGCGCUUAUCUGCUGGAGUCCGAGCGGAAACAGCUUCCAUGUGUUUGACCAGGGCCAAUUCGCCAAGGAGGUGCUUCCCAAGUACUUCAAACACAACAACAUGGCCAGCUUUGUACGGCAGCUCAACAUGUAUGGCUUUCGCAAGGUUGUCCACAUCGAGCAGGGCGGGCUGGUGAAGCCGGAGAAGGACGACACGGAGUUCCAGCACCCCUACUUCAUCCGCGGCCAGGAGCACCUCCUGGAGAACAUCAAGAGGAAGGUCACCAGUGUAUCCAGUAUAAAGAACGAGGAUAUAAAGGUUCGGCAAGACAACGUCACCAAGCUGCUGACGGACAUCCAGGUGAUGAAGGGGAAGCAGGAGAGCAUGGACUCCAAGCUGAUGGCCAUGAAGCACGAGAACGAGGCGCUGUGGCGGGAGGUGGCCAGCCUGCGGCAGAAGCACGCGCAGCAGCAGAAGGUUGUCAAUAAGCUUAUCCAGUUUUUGAUUUCAUUGGUGCAAUCCAACCGUAUCCUCGGGGUGAAGAGGAAGAUCCCCCUGAUGUUGAACGACAGCAGUUCAGCACAUUCCAUGCCGAAGUACAGUCGCCAGUACUCCCUGGAGCACGUCCACGGCUCUUCCCCGUACACGGCUUCUUCCCCAGCAUACAGCGGCUCCAACCUCUACUCCCCGGAUUCUUCAGCCAACUCCGGUCCCAUCAUCUCAGACGUGACCGAGCUCGCCCAGUCCAGCCCUUCGGCGUCUCCCAGCGACAGCUUGGACGAAAGGAGCAGCCCUGUGGUCCGUAUCAAAGAAGAACCCCCCAGUCCCGCCCGCAGCCCCCAGAUCGAGGAGGCCAGCCCGGGGAACCCCCCGGCCGUGGAGACCCCGCUGUCCCCCUCCACCUUCAUCGACUCCAUCCUACAGGAGAACGACCCCAGCAGCACCACCGCGGCCGCCGGCGACAGCGCCCCGCAGCCCCCGCCCCCCGAAAAGUGCCUCAGCGUCGCCUGCCUCGACAAGAACGAGCUCAACGACCACCUGGACACCAUCGAUUCCAACCUGGACAACCUGCAGACCAUGCUGACCACGCACGGCUUCAGCGUGGACACCAGCGCGCUGCUGGACCUCUUCAGCCCCUCGAUGACGGUUACAGACAUGAACCUCCCCGACCUGGACAGCAGCCUCGCCAGCAUCCAGGAUCUCCUCUCGUCCCAGGAGCAGCAGAAACCGGCGGAGACGGAGCCCGGCGCGGCAGACACAGGGAAGCAGCUGGUGCACUACACGGCCCAGCCCCUCUUCUUGGUGGACUCGAGCGCCGUGGACGUGGGCGGCGGGGACCUGCCCAUCUUCUUCGAGCUGGGCGAAGGGCCCUAUUUCACGGACGGGGACGAGUACGCCGAGGAUCCCACCAUCUCCCUCUUGUCCGGGACUGAGCAGCCCAAACCCAAGGACCCUGCGAUAUCCUAAAGCCGGGCGCGGGGGCGACGAACAGGACGACUCACCGCACUGAAGGGAAACGCAGCCGCCAGCUCCCGCCUUGGCACAGACAUUGCGAGCGCUCGCGCCCUCCGGCUCGUGUUUGCUUCCCCGGCGCCGCGCGGACCCCGAUUGUGUGUGUGCUUCACCAGGUGUGUUCAGCCCGCUUCCCAGAGCCCGCGGCGCGCCGAGACAGGACCGCGGCACCGCCCGCUCGCCCUCGGCUCCGCGUCCCCGACCAGGCGGCACGGGGGGCGUCCCCUCCAGCGCUCACCGCGCGGCUUUGCCGAGGGGGGAGCUCCGCGUCCCCCUCCCCGGAGAGGCCGAUAGGAUGGUUUUUAACGAGAGAAAUAAAGGUUUGCGCUGCGGCGCCGGA